CCUAGAAAGAAGAAACUAUAAAGGCCCUAUACAGUUUCUGGGCUCGUCUCCCGCGCCGAUUUACCAUCGAAAGUAGUCAUGGAAACCGCCGAUUCACCGCCGGAUUGUGCCGAUAAUGUUGUCUCCGACGAGCAAGCCACCGAAUCAAACAACAAUGUGCCUGACAAUGGCCAUUCUUCGCCUCCCCAGACGACAUCCGAGCCUGCCGUUUCAGAUUCUCAGCCGGAGCAGGUUCCGGCGCCCGAACAGCAGCUCCCCGCCGGUCCACCUCCAGUCAAAAGGCGACGCCGUCGGAAGAGAUUCUUCACGGAUAUGAUUUCCACUGCUCCAUCGGCUGCUGCUGUCUCCGGGCUGCGUGUACGCCGCCCCAACCCUAAACCCUCCGCCGGGUACGCGUACUCCGAGACCGACUUCGCCGCCGGCGAGGAGGACCUUUCGAAGAAUCCUCACCGCCGGAAGAGAGUGUCCGACCUGGCUAAGGAGGUGGACAUCGAAGCCCUAAUUGCUAUCUCCGUAGGGUUUCCAGUGGACUCACUCACCGAAGAGGAAAUUGAGGCCAAUGUGGUGUCCCAGAUCGGCGGCGACGAGCAAGCCAAUUACAUCGUCGUCCGCAACCACAUUCUCGCGCGGUGGCGCUCCAAUGUCUCCGUUUGGCUCACUAAGGACCACGCCUUGGAGUCAAUUCGAGCCGAACACAAAAACCUCGUCAAUUCCGCCUACAAUUUCCUCCUCCACCAUGGCUACAUCAACUUCGGCCUCGCUCCGGCGAUCAAAGAAGCCAAAUUAAAGCCGCCGGAGGGCGUCUCGAAGGGUACGGUGAUCGUUGUUGGCGCAGGGCUCUCCGGUUUAGUUGCUGCGAGGCAAUUGAUUUUUCUAGGGUUUACAGUUGUGGUCCUGGAAGGAAGAGCCAGGCCUGGAGGCAGAGUGAGAUCAAAGAAAAUGAGUGGUGGUAACAAUGGAGUAAUCGCAGCCGCUGAUUUAGGCGGGAGUGUGCUCACCGGAAUCAAUGGCAAUCCAUUGGGAGUUUUAGCAAGACAGCUUGGCCUUCCACUUCACAAGGUCAGGGAUAUUUGCCCUCUCUAUUUGCCUAAUGGUAAAACUGUGAAUUCCGAUAUUGAUUCCAAGGUUGAAACUUCAUUCAAUAAACUGCUAGAUAGAGUUUGUAAGCUCAGGCAAGCAAUGAUGAUAGAGGUUAAGUCGAUUGAUGUUUCUUUAGGCACUGCAUUAGAGACAUUUAGGAGUGUGUAUAAAGUGGCAGAGGAUCCCCAGGAGCGAAUGUUGUUGGAUUGGCAUUUGGCCAAUUUGGAGUAUGCAAACGCUUCGUUGAUGUCUGAACUAUCCAUGGCUUUUUGGGAUCAAGACGAUCCUUAUGAAAUGGGCGGGGAUCAUUGUUUUAUUCCGGGUGGGAAUGAGAGGCUAGUGAGGGCGUUAGCUGAGGACCUUCCCAUAUUUUAUAACCGAACAGUGGAGAGUAUUAGGUAUGGCGUUGAUGGGGUUUUAGUUUACGCUGGGAGUCAGGAGUAUCGUGCAGAUAUGGUUCUUUGUACUGUGCCAUUGGGAGUGCUUAAGAAAGGUGCCAUUGAAUUCGUGCCUGACCUUCCUAAGCAGAAGAAAGAUGCGAUUGCAAGAUUGGGGUUUGGCUUGUUGAAUAAAGUUGCAAUCUUGUUCCCGUAUGACUUUUGGGGCGGGGAGAUUGAUACAUUUGGCCACCUUACUGAGGACUCGAGCAUGAGGGGUGAAUUCUUCCUCUUUUAUAGUUAUUCUGCAGUCUCAGGGGGUCCACUUCUUGUGGCUCUCGUAGCUGGGGAAGCAGCGAUAAGAUUUGAAAAGAUGUCUCCACUGGAAGCUGUUGGGAGGGUUUUAGAAAUUUUGAAAGGCAUAUUCAGUCCAAAAGGGAUAGCGGUUCCAGAUCCACUCCAGGCAGUUUGUACUCGGUGGGGGCAAGAUCAGUUCACUUAUGGCUCAUAUUCUUAUGUUGCAAUCGGAGCUGCAGGGGAUGAUUACGAUAUUCUUGCUGAAAGUGUUGCAGACCGAGUCUUCUUCGCAGGAGAAGCAACGAACAGGCAAUACCCUGCAACAAUGCACGGGGCUUUUCUCAGUGGAAUGAGAGAGGCCGCGCAUAUCCUGAGAGUUGCUAACAGAAACUCCAUAGCCACCGCAGAAAAAGCAAACAAUCCCACCCAGGAAACCAAGGACAUCAACAGACUAUUCGAGAACCCAGACCUUAGAUUUAGUCGCUUCUCAGUUCUGUAUGAUCCAACAUCACCUGAACUUGAGUCUAAUUCUUUACUUCGUGUGUCAUUUGAACUGGAUAAAAUCGAUCCUGACAGCCCCCUGUAUCUAUAUGCCUUGAUCCCCAGAAAGCAGGCUGUUGAGCUAAGUGAAGUGGAAGGCGAUACAAACAGGAUACAGAAGUUAACUCUUGAUUUCGGCAUAAAGUUGUGUGGUUGGAGAAGAAUAUGCUCCGAUGAUGAAUCUCUGGUGAAUUCCAUUUUUUCCAGUAGAUCUCAGUGUGAGUAAAUGGAUUGUAUUAGCUAGUUCAAUAAUUAGUAAAAUUCUUCAAAUCUCUGUUCUCUGAUUCCUGAAACUGAAGCUAGGCAUUAUGCUGUAUAGUUGUUGUGAUCAAAAUCUUAAUCAGGGACCUUAACUCCUAUUCUCAGUGAUUACAAUGGACGGACAAAUAUGAAUGUUUUCCCAUA